UGAUGGGCAGCACUGUUCACCGAGCGGCCAGUCGCGCCGCAGCCGUCGCUCCACCUGUCGGACUUCAUCCUGAUUCACACGACCGGCUUUGAAAAAGAGGAGACGGAGAAACAGAAGUGAGAGACGAUGAGGGACCGGCUGAGCCACCUCCAGACGGAGCAGACGGACUCUGACGGUUUCAGCACGGUGGAGCUGGACACCCUGACCGAGCAGGAAGCAGCAGCAGCAGCGGCACCUAAGGGACGGGUGGCGACCCUGGCGGCGGCCGGAGCAGCAGAACCGAGCCUGGACCAGGACCAGGACCUGGACGGGAUCCUGAAGGAGGCCGAGCGGCUGCGGCUGGAGAUCCAGCAGAUCCAGAACGACGUGAAGGAGCUGAAGGACGUGAACUACCAGGCCCUGAACCAGACCUCGCACUCAGCGGCAGAGCUCUGCCCGGCGGCCAAGCGGGACUCCAACGCCAUCGGCGCCGACGUCAAGCGGCGCGGGGAGGCCGUGCUGCAGCGGCUGCACAUGAUGGACCGGCUCCGGGGGGAACUGGAGGCCCGGCGCGGGAACGCCGACCCCGCGGUCCGCAUCGCCGGGACGCAGUACCGCUGCCUGGGCGGCGCCCUGCGGGAGGCCAUGUUCGCCUACAACGACGCGGAGACGAGCCACCGGGACGCCUGCCGGCGGCAGAUCCGGCGGCAGAUGGAGGUGGUGGGCCGCGAGGUCAGCGAGCAGGAGCUGCAGGACAUGAUGGAGGGCGAGGAGCUGUGCGUGUUCAGCGCCCAGCUGACGGGGAAGACGGCCCGCUCCGCCCUGCUGCAGAUCGAGAGCCGGCACCAGGAGCUGCGGGAGCUGGAGAGGAGGAUGGCUGGGAUCCAGGACCUGUUCCUGGACGUGGCCGUGCUGGUGGAGGAGCAGGACGCCGCCCUCAACAGCAUCCAGAAGAACGUCCAGGACGUCAACGUGACGACUCAGGACACCGUGGCCACGCUGGAGAGGGCCAAAGCCGCCGACAGGAACAACCCCUUCAAGAAGAUGUUCUGUGGCUGCUUCCCGUGUUAUUACAACUAGCUGUUAGUUCAAUGUUCUCCGAUGAACCCGGAGAACAUGGUUCUGGACAUGUGGGAAUAACGCAUAAAGAUCUGUAAAAUAAAGAAAGAAUAAGUAAUAUAUAAAUAUCAAAAGAUUAAAAUAAUAUAGACACAAAACAAAAGAAAAAAUUUAAAGCAUUUUAAUAUAUAUGCACUAUU